AUGUCGAUCGCGGAUCACAAUACACAUUCUCAGGAUUCUUUCUUGUCUUCACGUGUGGACAAAGUGAUCAAAAUCCAGAAAGCACGCACACCGCCACGUACAAAGACCCUGGCUAGCUACCACACCGUCAGUGAGCAUAAAGAACUGGACUUGGCAGGACUGUUUAAAGUCACAGAUCUCAGCUGCUCAGAUGGCGUCGUGGUUGUGAUAGAAAACAUCGAUCAAUUUUGGAUUGAUAGACUGGUCUCUGAUCUGGGUAUCGACAACUCCUUUUUCGCCAGACACGCUUGCAAUCCUUUAGUAACAUCCACCAUUUGGCACGCCAUUUUCGGGAACACUGUAGCGGAGCAGAAGAAGCCGAGCGAAGGAUCUUCUGAUUCACAUUCUUACUGGCAUGUUGACGGGAUUCGCAAACGAAACAGAUAUUCGCCCCCGAGUGCGGAGAUUCUCUUCGAUACAAACCAUUUUCCUCGCAUACUGAAAAGGUACGAUGGAUACGGUUGGCAAGCCAACACGCGUGUGUCCUAUUACGUGAGACAUGAUUCGCCCCGACCAUUGUGUCUGCUUCUCAUCGAUGGUCCAUUAGCUCGAUCGAGCACAGCUCCAGGAGAAGAUCAAGCAGCAAUGACGCUGCAUCUGCCGCUUGCCGAAAACCGUGGUGGUCUAGUGAUUCCAGAUCUCUACGAAGAUAACACUCACUCCCUCAACAGGUCACUGAAGCGCUUCCUCUCCCACGCCUGGCACUUUGAAGUAAUCUUCGCACCGGGGAAGUGUUUGUCGCCCAAGACCUUCUUCCAUCUAUUGGUAUCAUCGUUGUUCGAAGAAAAUCUGCGAUUUCUUGAUAUAAAGAUCAAAGGAAUUGCUUUCAAUGAGAUCAGACGUCCGAAUAUACUGAUCAACGAUCGUCUUCAUGACCUUCGACAAGCAUUGGUUUCUCUGCAGGAUCAGGUGGACAUGACCAGGAAAUGGUUGCCUCCAUCUGUGCAACAAGACCUCGAGUCAAUUCAACGGACGCUUGAGGACACCGCUCGCUCGAACGGUUCUGAAAUUCACCAAUUUGUGGGUUUCCCCAGUAAAGCUCUGCCAGAGAUCUUCCAACGAUGCACUCACCUUGAGGGUUUCUUGAUGCAGUCGUUCCAACUCCUUGUCAGUUCGACAAGUGUCAUGAAUGCCGAAGUGGAAAGAGAGCGCUCGAACCGCAACCAAGCGCUGACACAGCUGGCUUUCUUGUACGUGCCACUGUCUUUCGUCACAGGAGUCUUUGGAAUGAAUAUCAAGGAGAUCAAUGGGUCUCCGUUGUCUGUGUGGGUGGUAAUUGUCACACUUAUACUCACUGUAGUAUGCACAGCCGCCAUCUUCGUAAUCGUUCGAGUAUGGAAGAAAUACUCGGAUGAGCAUAAAGAUGAGUCGUCGCAGGGAUUUCGAUGA